AUGGGAAGCGAUUCCCAAACCUGGUAUUAUAUUAAUCAAGAGUUCGUAUCUCGAAAUAGGUACUUCGGUCGAUCGUUUGCAGCAGGCAGGACCCUCUCGGGGCCGGGCAGCGUGGGAUUACCUGUGAGUACCAUUCCCUGGUUACUAGGCUUCCCACACAUGGCGUUGGCAGUGCCGGUGUGGUGGGAAGGUCAUGAGAUUGCUGGUCCCAUACAUGGCGUUGGCAGUGCCGGACUUGAUAUGAGAUUUGUGAGCUACACGUGGCGUUGGCAGUGCCGGCGUGUGAGCUAUGGAGUUCCGUCCCCCGGUUGGACUACUCAUCCCUGGACGCGGGUUCUGGUUCGAAAAUCCUGCGUACCAGCCAACAAUCCCCCGGUUGGAUUGUCUUCCCCGGGGAGACUCUGCCAAAAUUUUGGUAGGAUGUCUUGGGUUUUUAGUAAAUGGGCCCGGCAUCGAACCAUGUCGACUCGUCGACCAAGAACGCGAGGUCGUGGUCAGAGAUGGGGGCCAAAUCCUCCACCACCAUCUCCGUCACCACCUCCUUCGCCACCAGUUCCAUCUCCUCCACCAUCUCCACCUGUCGGAGAUAAUGCCUUGGACUUGCGCCAGGUGUUGAGCCAAUUUACGCGCACGAUGACUACCGCCUUGCGGGGGAGGCGUAGCACAGAAAGUUCUGAAAUCAAAAGGGUGAAGGAACUUGGAGCCAAAGAGUUCAUGGGUGGCCCAGACCCAGCAGAGGCCGAGAGUUGGAUUUCGGAUGUGGAGCGGAUUUUUGAGGUGCUGGAGUGCCCAGAUGGGGAUAGAGUCCGCUUGGCUACCUUUCUGCUUAAGGGGAAUGCUUACCAUUGGUGGAAAGCAGUAAAGAGGGGCUAUGAAGAUCUGACCACUAUUACUUGGGAGGAAUUUCAGAGGGUCUUCUCCGAUCAGUUUUAUCCACCCUCUUAUCGGUAUGCGAAGAAGUCCGAGUUCCUAUAUUUGAAGCAGGGAUCAAUGUCGGUGGCCGAGUAUGAGCAUAAGUUUAAUGAGCUGUCAAGGUUUGCGCCAGAGUUAGUGGCUACUGAAGAGGAUCGGUGCAGACGCUUUGAAGGCGGUUUGUGGUGGGAGAUUCAGGCCGUUUUCACUGCCAACACUUACACCAACAUGAGGGCUUUGGCUCAGGCCGCUGACAGAGUAUCCAGGAGAUGUGCUACAGGUACAGGUAGACGCCGCAGAGAUGCGCAAGGAUUGGGUGGUCCGAGUCAGGGCCCAUCCAAGAGAGGAGGAUCUAGUUCUAGCUCUGCUAGUAGUGGAUGGUCAGGUGGACGGGGAUCCAGUUCUGGUAGUGGGAGAUUCGGGUCUCGUCCAGCAUGGACUCAGUACUCAGAGCUACAGCCUGCAUCUAGCACAGCUAGGACUCCCUCCAGGCAGACUGGGUUGACAUGCUAUAGUUGCGGGCAGGUUGGGCACUUUGCGAGGGAUUGCCCUGGUUCCACUCAAGGAGGUAAACAAAGCCAGAGCGGCGGCCCAAUAUGCUACUUUUGUGGACAAACGGAGCAUACUAAGAGGAUCUGCCCAUUGAUCUACCCCAGUGAUGCACCAGUGCAAGGGACCGGAGCCCAGCAGGGGCAGGGGAAUAUGGGUCAGCAUCAGAGUCAAAGUGGUGCAACUUCCUCUACAGCAGGAUCUUCUAGUAGCAGGGCACCGUCAACUUCUAGGGGAAGAGGUGGCAGAAAUUUAAGGGGUCAGCCUGGGCGUUCUACCACUCAGGCUAGGGUGUUCUCUAUGACCCAGCAGGAGGCACAUGCCACUCCAGACGUGAUUACCGGUAUGAUCCCUAUUUUUGGUUAUCUUGCUCGUGUUUUAAUUGACCCGGGGGCCACACAUUCUUUCGUAGCACACAACUUCGUACCUUAUGUCAGUGUGAGACCGACACCCAUGACAGGAAGCUUUAGUAUUUCUCUACCCACGGGGGAAGUCUUGUAUGCGGACCGGGUAUUCAGAGAGUGUUAUGUCCAAGUGGACGAUGCGUGGUUGGAAGCCGAUUUGAUUCCCUUAGAUUUGGUGGAUUUGGAUAUUAUUUUAGGGAUGGAUUGGCUAGAGAAGCAUCAUGCGUCCGUGGAUUGUUUCCGGAAGGAAGUGACACUCCGGAGUCCGGGACAACCCAAAGUGAUAUUCCGGGGAGAACGUAGAAUCCUCCCUACUUGCCUUAUCUCUGCUAUUACAGCUAAGAGGUUACUCCAGAAAGGGUGUGAAGGAUUCCUAGCUCAUAUCAUCGACACUCGAGAGAUCACCUUGAAUCUGGAAGAUAUUCCCGUUGUUAGUGAGUUUCCCGAUGUCUUUCCAGAUGAUCUUCCUGGGUUACCUCCUGAAAGGGAAAUCGAGUUUACUAUUGAACUCCUUCCAGGCACCAAUCCUAUCUAUCUAACUCCUUAUAGGAUGGCACCAGCCGAGCUUCGGGAAUUGAAGACUCAGUUGCAGGAAUUAGUGGAUAUGGGUUUCAUCCGACCUAGUGUUUCCCCAUGGGGUGCACCGGUGUUGUUUGUGAGGAAGAAGGAUGGGACCAUGAGGUUAUGUAUUGAUUACCGGCAGUUGAAUAAGGUGACAGUACGUAACCGGUAUCCUUUGCCUCGGAUUGAUGAUUUGUUCGAUCAGUUGAAAGAUGCCAAGUAUUUCUCUAAGAUUGAUCUGAGAUCAGGGUACCAUCAAUUGAGGAUUAGAGAAGAGGAUGUUCCCAAGACCGCAUUCAGAACGCGGUAUGGUCAUUAUGAAUUUCUGGUGAUGCCGUUUGGACUGACGAAUGCUCCAGCAGCGUUUAUGGAUCUCAUGAACAGAGUGUUCCGACCAUACUUGGAUCACUUUGUGAUUGUGUUCAUAGAUGAUAUCUUGGUUUACUCCAAGACUUUGGAAGGGCAUAAGAAGCAUCUAAGAUUGAAAGUUGAGGCUAUUGUGAAUUGGGUGCAACCCACAAGUGUGACGGAAGUACGGAGUUUUCUGGGGUUAGCAGGUUACUAUCGUCGAUUUGUGGAAGGGUUCUCUUCGAUAGCAGCACCUCUCACGAGGUUGACAAGGAAAGAUGUUGCAUUUGAGUGGACGGAAGAGUGCGAACAGAGUUUUCAGGAGUUGAAGAAGCGGUUGACCACCGCACCUGUUUUGGCUCUUCCUGAUAACUCAGGGGGCUUCGUGAUCUACAGUGAUGCAUCUUUGCAAGGAUUGGGAUGUGUUCUGAUGCAACAUGAUCGGGUGAUUGCUUAUGCCUCGAGGCAACUCAAGAAGCAUGAGCGGAAUUAUCCAGUUCAUGAUUUGGAACUUGCUGCAGUGGUGUUUGCUUUGAAGAUUUGGCGGCACUACUUGUAUGGUGAGACGUGUCAGAUUUUCACUGAUCACAAAAGCCUUAAGUAUUUCUUUACCCAGAAGGAGCUGAAUAUGAGGCAACGGCGUUGGCUGGAAUUGAUCAAGGACUAUGAUUGCACGAUUGAGUAUCACCCAGGCCGAGCUAAUGUGGUUGCAGAUGCAUUGAGUAGAAAGACCACUGCGAACUUAGCUCACAUCAGGACGGCCUAUCUUCCGUUGUUAGUGGAACUACGGAAGGAUGGAGUAGAAAUGGAGAUGACUCAACAAGGUGGAAUCCUUGCUAGCUUGCAUGUGAGACCCAUUAUGGUGGAACGGGUAAUUGCAGGCCAGUUGGGAAGAUCCUACACUCUGUAG